UCGGUGUCAGUAGGUUAAACUGAGGAUCGUAUUUUUGUUCCUGUGUCAACGAGAAGAAGAAAAGAAGAAGAGGAGCAGCUCAGACCGGCUAAGUUUACCUCAAAGAUAGUUUUCAUCAAACAUCACGGAAAGGCUCUGACAGCAGCCAGACAUCCAGCACCUUCAGCAGAACUGCUUGUGAAGAUGAACUCCAAUGUGGAGAAUUUGCCUCCUCAUAUUCUUCGCUUGGUCUACAAAGAGGUUUCAGCUCUAGCAGCAGACCCGCCUGAGGGUAUCAAGAUUUAUCCCAGUGAUGAAGACAUAACUGAGCUACAUACAGCCAUCGAAGGACCGGAGGGAACUCCGUUUGCUGGCGGCGUUUUCCGUAUGCGUCUGGUCCUCGGGAAGGACUUCCCUGGGGUUCCACCCAAGGGUUAUUUCCUGACCAAGAUUUUUCACCCCAAUGUGGGUCACAAGGGAGAGAUCUGUGUCAACGUGUUGAAGAGGGACUGGAAGGCAGAACUCGGCCUCAGACACGUCUUACUUACAAUCAAGUGUCUUCUCAUCCAUCCGAAUCCCGAGUCGGCUCUGAACGAAGAGGCCGGGCGUUUGCUGUUAGAGGACUAUGCAGAAUACGAGUCCCGCGCUCGUCUGCUCACGGAGAUCCACGCCAUGGGUCCCGCCGGGGCACCUCAGGACCCUAAUGACGGCCCGCAGCCGAAGAAGCACGCAGGUGACCCCAUGAAGAGAGCGGGACCCAGCGCAGCAGCAGUGCCGGCAGCUCUGGGUAACGGAGCAAACGCAGCCAGCACCACCAGUAACAGCAACAGUAGUAGUAGCACUAAUAAUGUAGCAGGGAAAAAGAAAGCAGACAAAAAACGUGCGUUGAGGCGACUUUAAUACCUCCGCGAAAUUCUCAGUGUGUGUGUGUGUGCGUGUACGUGUGUGAGCGCGAGAGUGUGUAAAUAUAAAUAUUGAAGUGUGCUGACAAUGUUUUUUGUUCCUUUUUUUCCUGACUCUUUCUACCACCUAUCCAGACUGUCCACUUUGUACUCAUUCCUUAACGUCUGUUUUGCCACCACUUUGUCCUGUUGGCAUUACAGGUCUGUUAAUUAUUUCCAUACCUAAAGACAUGAUGAUAAAAUGUUCCUCUUUUAAAGGAAAGACGGCACCUUCACUGCGGAAAUCAUGCCAUCCGUUUGUGUAUUUUGCCCCUUGGCCUAGUGUGAAUGAUUGAUACAGGGAAUGGGUUUCACUGUGCAAAACAUGGCCUCUAAUGUCUGUCCAUUAAUGAGACGUAAUAACUUUUGUUGUCUCACACUUGAUAUCAGCUCUUUUUAAAGUGUUUUCUUGGUAAAUGCUGCUGUGAUGGUACUGUGUACUGCUCAGCCAGGCUCACUCGUGAGUCCAAAACCAGGUUGUUACUUUAACUAAUGUCAGGUUUUCAAAUUGAACUCAAAGGAAAUAAUGGUAGAAGUCGCUAAACAAUUGUGCGAGAAGUCGGUGGGUUCACAAUCGGGAGAGAAAUAUUGUUAAUGUCGCGCAAAAUUGUAACAUCUUUUUAAAUAGUAUUUUUCACAUUGUGAUCUGAAUGAAGUAAAGAUAUGGAAAGAGCUGGCAGUGGAGUACAAGAGGUCUGUUAUGUUCUUCAUGGAAUCUCAACCCCUUUUUUUAAGUUUUUAUUUUUUCUAAAAUGGUUUCACUGUCCAGUAUUUUCAAAAGUUGUUUAUAAUUGACAUGUUUGUAUUCAGCUGUCUUGUGGUUGUGUGUGAAGACCUAGAUCGGUGGCUGUGAGGGAACAGGGAAGUCUGCCAGACUACUUUAUAAAACAAUGAAUCAUCUAUUCUCUGUAUUAAGCAGACAGUGGUGUGACCUCCUGCUUCCCUACAAAGCAGCGUGUGCUCUCAGGUACCCAGCUCUCCGACCAGCCAUGUGGGAACCUGAGAGGACAUCUGUAGGAAAACCUUCCACCUUUUGAUAGAAUUUGUCUCCCCACCCGUUGCACUGGCAGGGUUUCCUGGGCAGGUUUUCUCUCUGUACUAAAUGCAUGCGGGGCCUACAUUUCCCAAGGAAACACACUGAAGCGCUGUCUUAAUCUGGAUGGAAAAUGUGCCUCCGAAUCUCCUGUCAUUGUGCAGACUGGAUAUUUGUGUCCAUUUUAAAUUAUUUAAAUUAAUAAAACAUUGAAAUACAAGAAGUGAAAUUAAAAAUGA